AUGCCAAUGACGUGCGUCUUCAACGGCUGCUUGGCGCCCACCAUGACGUACUCGGACAAGUGCUCGUUCCACCGGUACCGCUCCAAGUGCCAGGUGCAAGACUGCUUCAACCAAGUCUACGCGCGGUCGCUUUGCGUCGGCCACGGCGGCAAGAAACACUGUGCGUUUGACGGCUGCGCAACGACCGUGCGCACGGGUGACUUUUGCGCCAAGCACUCGCGCAAAGCCAAGCCUCUGUGCUCCGAGCCGGGCUGCGAGCGCGCCGCGCACCAAUGGACCAAGUGCACGCACCACGGCGGCGGCAAGCCGUGCUCCAUUGCUGGUUGCGCCCUUCCCGCGCGCAUUAGCGGCGUGUGCUGGCCCCACCGCAACCGCGUGCUGCCCGAGCCUGCCUUUUCCAACGAGACAGACGGCGACGCGCUCAUCUUGAUGCUGGACGAGUGGAUGAAGGAUGAACCGCUGAUGGCGCUCGACGACGACGAUGUCGACUUCCACGGCAUUUUGGACGACAUUCUUCUCUCCAUGUAA